UGAUGCACUUUUGGUAAUGUUAAUUUGAUGCACUUUUGGUAAUGUUAAUUUGAUGUACUUUUGGUAAUGUUAAUUUGAUGUACUCUUGUCAUUUUCAUUUUCAUUACCCUCCACCACCAACCCUGACAUUACUCUCAACCACCAGCCCCAACCACUCUUCUACCAUCCACCAGUACACCUUAAAUGUUUUGACCGCACGCCUGAGCUAUAAAUAUCUGUUGUGUCUUGCCUCUUCUUCUUACUCUUCAUUCCUCAUCUUCCUGUCUAUUGUGUCUUGCCUCUUCUUAUUACUCCUCUUUCUACACGAUGGAACAAGACCCAAAUCCAUUCCUCCGCCAUUGCAAAGGUCAAAGCAACAACUCUGGCAGCUCUCGUCCUCUCAUUCCUGGCCCGGCUGGCGCCAUCCAGGCUGCCAUGUAUGCCCGUAGAUCCACCCCUAACACACCACUCAUUCCGACCCAGGAAAUCGUGAGGCGUGUGCUAGAUCAUGGAUCAACCGAAACCGAUCCUGAUUUCAACUCACAUGCUUGGCUAUCAGCCCUGCAAGAGUGGGGAAUAGCCACUCCGCUGGGCUCUCUGACAGCGAACGUUGAGAGGGUGGAGAAUGUUGUUGCUGUUAUCAAAUCUUGCACUCCCAAUGGGUUUGGAGAUGCGAAAGUUACCCUCAAGGACCCCACGGGUGCUGUUGAUGCUAGCAUCCACCGCAAGGCAUUUACUCACAGUGAAUUUGCGAAUGACAUAACUGUUGGAUCUGUUCUCGUUCUCCAAAAGGUCUGAAACCUAAACAUGAAACUUGCUUCAUUUUUUGGACAGUUAAGCAUGGUUUAAUUAAAGUAUACAUUUCACAUGCAG